UAUGUCUUUUUCUUUUCGGUAGCGUUGCUGAGUGUCGUUGUCCGGUGCUCAGCCGUGAAAAAAUAUUAAAAUGACUGAAACAUUGAAGCAUAGAGGCAACCUCGUUGGCCACAAUGGGUGGGUUACGCAAAUUGCGACGAACCCUAAAUACCCUGAUAUGAUCCUGUCUUCUUCUCGAGACAAGACCCUCAUCGUAUGGAAGCUGACCAGAGAUGAGACCAACUACGGUCUGCCACAGAAGCGCCUGUACGGUCACUCCCACUUCAUCUCGGACGUCGUGCUCUCGAGCGACGGCAACUACGCCCUGUCCGGAUCUUGGGACAAGACCCUCCGCCUGUGGGAUCUUGCUGCCGGCAAGACCACCCGUCGUUUCGAAGACCAUACUAAGGAUGUCCUCUCAGUGGCUUUCUCCGUUGACAACAGACAGAUUGUCUCUGGCUCCCGAGACAAGACCAUCAAGCUGUGGAACACCCUCGCCGAGUGCAAGUACACAAUCCAGGAUGAUGGCCACAGCGACUGGGUUUCGUGCGUGCGUUUCUCCCCGAACCAUGCUAACCCCAUCAUUGUGUCUGCUGGAUGGGACCGCACUGUCAAGGUCUGGCACCUUACCAACUGCAAGCUGAAGAUCAACCAUCUUGGCCACUCUGGCUACCUGAACACGGUGACCGUCUCCCCUGAUGGUUCCCUCUGCGCCUCUGGUGGCAAGGACAUGAAGGCCAUGCUUUGGGACCUGAAUGAUGGCAAGCACUUGCACACCCUGGACCACAAUGACAUCAUCACAGCCCUCUGCUUCUCGCCCAACAGAUACUGGCUCUGUGCUGCUUAUGGACCUUCCAUCAAGAUCUGGGAUCUGGAAAGCAAGGAGAUGGUUGAGGAACUCCGCCCUGAUGUGAUCAACCCCACCAAGGCCGACCCGCCCCAGUGCCUCUCCCUCGCGUGGUCCACCGACGGUCAAACCCUCUUUGCUGGAUACUCUGACAACAUCAUCCGAGUAUGGCAGGUGUCAGUCUCCGCCAGAUAAAGUGGUUUCAUUUAUUUUAUACCUCUAUAUUCCAAUAUGAAUGUCUAAAAAUAAAUGAAAGGACUGAC